AUGGGGUUGCGGAUCACGACGUGGAAUGGUGAGAACCGCACGUUCCAGUCCAUGUUCGACACCUUGGAAGUCGACAUUGUGGUUAUGCAGGAAACCAAGAUUCAGCGAAAAGACUUGAGAGAUGACAUGGUCCUUGUCCCCGGCUGGGAUGUGUACUUCAGCUUGCCCAAGUACAAGAAGGGUUACUCGGGAGUUGCUAUUUACACUCGUUCCUCAAAAUGCUGCCCGGUACGAGCCGAAGAAGGCAUCACUGGCGUGCUGUGCCCCCCGAACUCGUCCACAAAGUUUCGCGACCUGCCCGCCGAUCAGCAAAUUGGCGGUUAUCCCACUCCCGGUCAACUCUCCAGCGACGUAGACGAAGCUCAACUCGACUCCGAAGGAAGAUGUGUCAUCUUAGAGUUCCCUGCCUUUGUCCUCAUCGGCGUAUACAGCCCGGCUACGCGAGACGAGACCAGAACCGAGUUCCGUCAGGCUUUUAUCGACGCCAUGGAUGCCAGAGUCCGUAACCUCAUCGCCAUGGGCAAAGAAGUCUUUCUCUGCGGCGAUCUCAACAUCAUCCGUAAUGAGAUGGAUACCGCCGGCCUGCCAGAACGGCUGAAAAAGGAGGCCAUGACACUCGACGACUUCAUCUCGACCCCUUCACGCCGCUUCCUGAACCAAAUCGUAUUUGGUGGCCGAGUGAUCGGUGAGCCGGACGAGGGACGAGAGAAACCCGUUCUUUGGGAUCUCUGCAGAGAGUUCCAUCCAAGACGUCCGGGCAUGUACACGUGCUGGGAGACAAGAAAGAACGCAAGGCCUGGCAACUAUGGCAGCCGGAUUGACUACGUCCUCUGUUCAUCCGGGAUCAAAGACUGGUUCGUCGACGCCAACAUCCAGGAAGGUCUCUUGGGAUCCGAUCACUGCCCUGUCUAUGCCACGAUCAGCGAUACUGUCACCAGGGAUGGCAUCACCAUCCCCAUCACAGACCUUAUGAACCCGGAGGGCAUGUUCAAGGACGGCCAGCGCCAGCGUGAAUGGUCCCAAAAGGAUUGUCUGCCUAUCUCAGCGAAGCUUAUCCCGGAGUUCGACCGACGACAAAGCAUCAAGGACAUGUUCUUUAAGAAGAAAACGCCGUCCACCACACCCAAGUCAGCCACCGCAGCCGCCGACGGCCAAGACACUAUCGAUCCAACCAAUACAUCUUCCACCACAGCGAACGCCACUAAUGCACUACAGGAGGCUGCCAGCUCCGCACCAUCGUUAAAGACGUCGUUAUCCCAGUCAACAACAACCGAGCCAGCAUUAUCGCGAACAUCCCCCAUUCCAAAACGACGGGCGGAGCAGCCUGCACCAGCUGCUAGGCCAUCGAAGAAAGCCAAGGCGACCCUCUCCAAGCAGCCAUCCUCGAAAUCCGUGCCCGGCCCAUCGCAAAGUACACUCAUGGGUUUCUUCAAGCCAAAGAUCCCAACUCCAAGCGUCAAGGCGGAGGAACGACCUGCCACUGCAGACGUAAAUAAUUACUCUCCCGAAACGAUAGCAGACACAACAACGGGAGACAGGUUAUUUCCAGAGAAAGCCGGCCAACCAAGUUCAUCCUUUCAGACCGACGAUAUCGAAGACUGGGACGAAGACGCUGUCGCAUCCAAGACUAGCCCGACCACACACAAAACAACCACCGCCGCCAUGGAUGAAGAAGGCAAGGUCUUCGACCCCAUCCAGAACAAAGAGUCAUGGUCCAAGCUGCUCGGCAAGAGGGUAGUUCCCAAGUGUGAGCACGGCGACGAUUGCAUGAGCUUGGUGACCAAGAAGCCGGGGAUCAACUGUGGUCGAUCUUUCUACAUGUGCGCGCGACCCCUUGGACCAUCCGGCGACAAGGAGACAGGAACAGAGUUCCGGUGCAAGAUGUUCAUAUGGAGCAGUGACUGGAGUGGGCGGCCGGAGCAGUAG